AUGUCAGUUCAAAGUGGCGGUGAUUCGAAAGUUGCCGUGCUUGUCCUCGUGAGAUGUGCCACUCAAAAUGGUGUAACCGUUCAAUUGAUCAAGUUCAUCAAUGCUUCGCCGGUAAACAGAACUCGCUCUUACGGCCAACAUCCUCGUUCUUUGUCGAGGGAACUGGACUGCAACCGAACCGUAUCACAAGUGUAUCAUCCAGCACACAAUGAGGCGUGGGCAACACCGCUGCUGAGACAUCUCUACGUAUUCAUGGAGUAUGUAGACUGUGCGACAAGAAACAAAUUAGACCUCGGUAAUCGCCAUGCAUUUAUUUCCGCGAGCAUUGUUCCAGGUCGGAUUCAGCCAUUCGGUAUGCAUCUCAAUGUUGAGAAUCAAGAGGUCCCCGUGAUGUUUCUUACCCCUCCUUUGCCAGGCCCCCAAAACCAACCAGCGAAUACCGUCCCGUCCCGGCUACGUUCCAACACCUUGUCUUGGGAACACAUCGUCAGGGAGCAAGGGUGCUGCCUGUGCUAUGAUAUCACAAAUUUAGCCCAUUUUCUGCUGCCCUUCCAAGAUCACCGCUUAGUGGAUAAAACAGGCAAGUCUUGGUCAAAGGGUUGA